AGCAGCGUGGUGGAGGGAGAGGAGGCGCAGGAGGAGCCGUAGAGCUGCGGAAAAAAAAAGGAAAUCUUCGAAAGAAACUGAAGAUCUGAAGACUCCCGGCGUGGAAUCACUGCACGGGAAACGGGCUGGACACAGGCAAGUGGGAUGUGGAGUGAUGCGAGGACUCUGAUUGGACGAAUGGGACAGACUACCGAGCACUGAGAGAAACCUACGGGACAGAAAAUGGCAUUUGUUUUUUGGAUUUAAGAGGGGGGAGGGGGGUUUAUGGACCGGGUUAGUCGGAACAGAGAACCACCCGUCCUCCUGACAUGAGCACACGAGCGGCUACACAAGAAGACCUCUCACUUGUCUGCACAUGGGACUCCAGACGCUGUGAGACGUUGGCUGUCCGGAUCACCUGAACUCACCUGAGGACUCCCGAGAGGGACCAACCUGUGGACCUGUGGAGCCCCUUUUCAGGAGCGAUGUCGAUCAGGUGGACCACCUGUGCCACGAGGAUCCUGCGCGUUACCCUGGCCUGAGACGACCUGCCCCCCCCCCCACCCCCCGUAACCGCCUCCUCUCCCCCUGCAGCUGGAUGUCUCGAUGUAUUGCUGUGGUCUGGGACACUGGCGGAGAGUGCAGUCCACCGAUGGAGAGCGUCAGGACUCAGACGUUGUCGAGGAAAGAAACGCCCAGGUGCAGCUGGAAAAGGCCAAGUACAAGCCUGUGGCAUUCGCGGUGCGUUGCAACUUCUCCUACACGCCAGCAGACGACGACAACGUUCCCGUGCCGGGGCAGGCCGUCACCUUCGAGGCCAGAGAGUUCAUCCACGUCAAGGAGAAGUUCAACAAUGAGUGGUGGAUCGGCCGGCCGGUGAAGGAGGACGGCGUGGUGGGCUUCGUCCCCAGUCCGGUCAACCUGGAGACCAUUCUCAUCCGGAGGGAAGUGCAGGCGAGGAAAGCCGCCAAGGCCUUAGCCAACAAAGCCACUCAAGUAGCUCAAGAUAUGAACGCAAAGAAAUAUACUCCCCCAUCCCAAGCCAACCAGCAGGUGAAAAAGAAACCGGGGGAGCAGGUGUCGAUGUACGACGUGGUGCCCACCAUGCGUCCUGUGGUUCUGAUGGGGCCGUCACUGAAGGGCUUAGAGGUCACAGACAUGAUGCAAAAAGCACUCUUUGACUUUUUAAAACAUCGAUUUGAAGGCAGAAUCACUAUUACACGGGUCACGGCGGACAUCUCUCUGGCUAAACGCUCCAUUCUCAACAACCCGGGCAAAAAGGCAUUGAUGGAUCGGUCGAACACUCGCCACAAUUUAGAUACUGCCGCCCAGAUCCAGGGGGAGGUGGAGCGCAUCUUCGAGCUGGCCCGCAGCCUGCAGCUGGUGGUUCUAGAUGCAGACACAAUCAACCACCCCAUCCAGGUGUCCAAGACCUCCCUGGCGCCGAUACUCGUCUACGUCAAGAUCUCCUCCCCGAAGGUGUUGGCGAGACUGAUCAAGACCAGAGGGAAGUCGCAGACCAAGCAUCUCAACGUCCAGAUGGUGGCCGCGGACAAACUCGCCCAGUGCCCUCCGGAAAUGUUUGACGUCAUCUUGGACGAGAACCAGCUGAUCGACGCCUGUGAGCACAUUGCUGAUUACCUGGAGUCGUACUGGAGAGCCACCCAUCCACCAGAGACGGAGCCCGGCAACGCACUGGUGGCCCAGCUGGCCGUGAACACGCUGCCCAGCAGUCCUUCAGCGCUACCGGACGACCCCAAAAACAGGAAGUCCGCCGCCCCGAAGAGGAGGAGCUCCCGGGAGAACCACGUAGACCGGGAGCAACCGACCGCCCCGGCACAGGAGCAGAGGGCCGAGGAGGCCCGGAGAGAGGAGGAGGAACCAAAGAGACCCCAGCACACCCGCCACCGCCACCACCACCACCACCGGCGGGUGGAGCGCCACGGCCACAUCCAGCACAAGCAGUCUUCCGGCGGCGUGGAAGAGCGCUCGAGCAGCGAUAAAAGACACGGGCCUCCCCGCAGGAGGCCACCUGAGGAGAGGGGGGAGGAGCAGGAGGAGGAGGAGGUGGAGGAGGAGGAGCAGGCGGGGGAUGUUGGGGAGGACGAGGAUGGGACGCGCUAUAACCACCGAGGCCACGACCACCACCAUCACAACAGCAACCACCACCAUCACCGCCAACAACAACAGCAGCAACAGCAGCAGCAGCAGCAGCAGCAGCAACAUCGCCGUGGCAACGGCGAGCAGGAGCACAACGAACGCAGCCGCCAGCGCAGGCAUCAGCAGCACAUCCCGCCGCGGACACAGCCGACGGACCACUACCCCGCGCACAGUCAUCACAACCACCACGCCAGGGACAGACACAAGGACAGGGACAGAGAGAGGGACAGAGAGGGGGACAGAGACAGGGACAGGGGUGGAGGUAGAGGGACGCGACAGUGGCACAGAGACUCCUGCAUUCACUAGCGACUGUUGUUUCCUCCGCACUGAUAGAGCGGCGGGACGCGUUCUGCUUCUUUGUGGGCGAUGUUUCUCCGCAUUUUUAUCUUGGUUUAUUUUUAACCUCGGGCCACUCGCCCGGACCUCGUCCUUCCAUAAGACAAAUCGAUUUUGUUAGUCAAGGUGAAGGUGGCGUUGUGCUUGUGCACAACGUAUUCGAAAAAGUUGCUAUGAAUUUAUUUCAUUCAUUAUCUCAAGAUCCCACGUUAGAAUAAUGACAACGACUUUCUGGUUGAUUGGGUUCACCGAGCUAAAACUAAUGCAAUCUAAUGGUUACAGUGUUUCAUAUUUUAUCGUGUUGAUUCGGCUUUAUGAUAAUUCUGGAUGAUGUACAUUGUGAAGCUGCUGAAUAGUGUUUAAUGGUAGGUUUAAGUAUUUUUUUAGUCUACCAUCAUUGGUCAAAAUAGGAUUUAAAAAAUCCCAACAAUUAAAAUGUAUGUAUGUAUGUAAAUUUAUUGACUGAUAAAUAAAUGAUUCAUCAUUGAAUCUUAACUUUUAUUAGCAUAAAUGAAUGGGCAUUAUUGUUAAGAUAGAAUGCGAGACUUGUAAACAAGCAUUUAAAGAUGGAAAUGUGGCUUCUGACAUUUUUUAACUGUUUUUGCUGACUUGAUAAAGCAAGACUGUAAUCUGCAGAUUUAUUGAUAAUGACAGUAAUCAUAGCUUCUCGCCCCAAAAUAGUUUUACACAAUUAAAUAGCUGUGAUCUCAAAACAACAGGAUGAAAUACAAUGGUUAAAAACAGCCGUUCUUCUUCUAGCUAUCCGCUUGUGUACAGCUAAUGCACAUUAGGAUUAUUAUAUCAUUUUGUUUUCUUAAAGUUAUACGAGAGGAUCUGACAC